AUGCGGGCAUCGUCACGCUUAGCUGUUUCUCUUUCUACAACUUCCUCCACUACUCCUUUAGCCUGCUUUUCCUCCGCAGAUGGUGCACUGCAGGAGGUAGAGCGAAGUUUCCUGCGCCAUGUGAUUCCACUGCGGCUGCAGGGGCCAGGGUCUGUUGCGGCUCUUUACCGUCAUGCGUUCCUUCAUCAGGAGCACCUUAUCCAGCGCGUGCUCGGUGCGCUGGAGGCCGUUGCGCUCCCUGCCCUUCCACGCAUGCUCCUUGCAGAGGGCUUUCAGCGAAUGCUGGAUGGAGAAACACCGCAACGGGAUAUUCGAGCUCUCUUUGAGGAAGCAGAGAACGAGGCACGAAGAAUGUUGCUUCAGGCCGAAUUUCACCUGGACACGGUUUCGCGGCAACCCGACGGACACUUGUAUGCAGCCAUCAAGACCAACCCCUUGACGCGGUUGUUGGCAUACGAACUGCGAGCUGCCUGUGGGUACUAUGCCCAGGUGAUGUCCAUUCGGAGUCAACCAGAGGAUAGUGCCGCGGCGCUGUUACGCACCGUCAUUGCGGCCGAUGUCCGUACCGACCCUUUUCUAGCUGACCUCAUGUUGAAGUUUGCAGCGUUACGCCGAAACGUGGCAACAGGUGAACGGCUGGAGACUUGUCUCCAGCCUGUAGAAGAGUUUGUGAAGGAGUGCCUCUUGCUUGAGCGUGACGCCUUUGGUCGGUUUCGCUUUGACGCCCGCGGUGAUAACCGCCACGUCUUGCACUGCAUUAAACUUGUCGACAUCACGAAGACGCCAAAGGAUUUUUCCGUUUUGCUUGAUCCGGUGUUGCGGCAGUACGGCAACUUUUGCCUCCAAAGCACACCGGUGCAUCAGGGGCGGUGGAUGGAGCACAGGCUGUCGUGUGCGGAGGAGUCUCACCGUGUCGAUCCGCGGCUGCCGCUGGUUGAAACGGUGGAGGUCCCUGCUGAGAGCGAGACGGAGUUUCAUAUCGAUGGCAUUUUUGGCGUUGCUCGCGGCGCAUCGGAAGGGCCACCGCUAGUCUUCUUUGUGCGCUACAACGACCCAAUUUGUCGCCGCCACAAGGAGACGACGCGGGAAAAGGAGGCCGAGAAGGACCACGUUGAGGUGUUUGAACUCGCCGUGGAGGACACAAGUCGCUCUUUUUGGGAGAAGUGGUUCUUGGACCGCUGA